AGCUGAAAACAAAAAAGUUGGGUUAUUCCAUUCCAGUUUUGGCUCUUGGUCGCAGUGAAAAUUGGUGAUAAAUUAGUGAUAAUUUGGAAUAUUAUACACGAAAUUAUUAAAAAUGGCAAGUGCCAACGACGAGUCAGUGUUGCUUGAACGAGUAUUUUUACGCGUUGGAACGGCCGACACUGACGAACAGUUUCAAAAUGUGCUUGCAAAGUUUCUACCACCUGUUUUACUUAAACUUGCAUCACCACAUGAAGGCGUUCGUAAAAAGGUGAUGGAGUUGUUGUUGCACGUUAACAAACGCGUGAAAAGUCGUUCUCAAGUACAACUUCCAGUGGAAGCACUCUUGCAACAGUAUCAAGACCCAGCUACAACUUCUUUUGUGAUUAACUUCACAAUCAUCUAUUUAAAGUUGGGUUUUCCGCGUCUCACUGUUGAUGAGCAGGUUGCACUAGUACCAUUGCUUCUAAAUUCGUUGGAAGGAAAACCACAGACUCAUCAAGACAGUCUGCUUUUGUUGAUUAUUCCUUUGCUUGGAAAGGUGACAGUUCCAACAGACCCUGCAAAACGGUCACUUUUAUUUGGACUCAAUGAGAAGCCACAGAUUAGUAAACAUUUGUUGGUUUUAUUGGUGGACAUGUUACUUUUACCUUAUGGUGCCAUAAGCCCAACUUCAAACCCUGCUAACAAAACUGACGCUCCUGCACUAUCAAUACCGCCUGGUAUGUCUGAAUAUUCUUUUAAAAGAGUGACCACCGACUACGCGCUGAAACCAGAAGAACUCGAGCAAAUUAAACUUGGGAUUGUUAAAUUUCUCGCGUACGAAAUUUUCCCAAACGAGGAAGUUUUACUUCACUUGAUUGUCGCAGCCAGUGACACUCGUUUUAGUGUUGCAAACUUGGCUGACAACGAGCUGAAGAAAAUUGUCGGACAGCUGGAUUGGUCGCUACCGAGUAUCAGUAUGGGUUUGUAUAUGCUUUUUCUGGGAUCGCAGACGCAGAAUGUGAAGCCGAACAUGAAAAAAUUACCGGCUAGUACGCGAAUCCGGCUGAAACUCUUGACUUAUUUGUGUCGCGUCACCGGAGGGGGAUUUGUUUUACCACCGGCGAUUCAAGUCAUUUUUGAUUCGCUUUAUGGAACCAAUACAAACACCAGAUUAAAAACGCUUGCGUUAAAUUUUACAAUCAACAUGGUUCAAUUCGCGGAUACGGAUAAUUUAGCGAAAAUAUCCAAUGUUUUAAAGUCUGGCAUGAUUAAAUUGACCAAUGAAGGUGAAUUGAUUCACCAAGGCCAAGCUUUCGUCGUUUUGGGAGCAAUAAGUCGCCGAUUCCCUAUGGUAGUCUUUCACGACACUAGUCUUAUUGAAAUGUUUUACAAAAAGCUUGAAGAAGGCGACACCGACUUAAAACUGCAAAUUAGAGAAGGCGCAUUGAAUGUGAUUCAAGCUUUUAAAUACGAAAACAAUCCAUCUGAGUGCAAUCACAAUGAUCGAUUGAAUAUUUUGUACUUGAUGUUGAAGUUUUAUAUGCAGAGCCAGGAACCGAUGGUGCGAUUUGUUGUCGUGAGGAGUUUGGCGUUGUUCUUUCCACCCGAUCACGUACCGUCAAAGUUUUUGCUUUUAUUGGCGAGUGGAGACACUAAAGAUGAUGUUUCAACUGACGCGUUAAAAUCACUCUAUGGUACAUCAAGGAGACAAGAUGUUGAUUUAUCAGCCAAACCAACGGAAUCAACUAAUUCGCUAGCACCCAAUGAGGAUCAAAAAGUUACCAUGCCACAAUUUGACCAAAUUAUUGAAUACAUCCACGCGGAAAGCAACAAAAAAGACAAUCCGUAUAGAACUUCAAUUGGUAACAAUGCAAUCCCAUUUCCACCAAACAUUUUCGUCGAAAUGUUGAUUUAUUCCCGAUUGUGUUUGAUUCAAUCGUUGGAAGUGCCACUUACACGUGAUGUAUUGAAACAUCCCACUGAUGAAAGUCCUGUAAUUCGUGCGUACUUAAAGCAACUUUAUAACAAUCAUGAAAUGAAGGCUUCACUUGUGAAGUAUAUUGUUUUAUUGAGGCAACUUGUAAUGACGAAUCAAGCAGUGGAACCGCUUAGUUGUUUAGUUGAGGUAGUUGGUUGUUUGCCAGAGUUGCAAACUGAUUUGGAGUUGGAUUUGACUAAAGUAAGAGACUUGUUAUUAUCGACUAAAGAGGAGACAAGGGAACACGCUGCGAUUCUCUACGGGAUUUUAAUCAAUGAAGCAGUGGAUAAAGAAAAAGAAUUUGAUGAGGUUUUGGAGUAUCUUUUGAAGUUAACUGCUAAUAAGAGUGUAGAGGCUCAGAAUGGUGGUAUUUUAUCUUUGGGAUGUUGUUUAGAGAGGAGAUUAAUGACCAAAAAGAGUUUAAGGAGGGAUAUGUUGAAGAAUGUAAUUGAAACAAUUGCUUCAUUUUUGCAAAGUCAACAAGUGCUCCUCUCUAGCGCUGCCUGUAUUUCCCUUGGCCUCAUAGCAAAGUCAACAUCUUUGCCACUGGAAAAUGGUCUGGAUGAUAAAUCAGACACAGAGAGUCCCGAUAUAAAGAAAAUGGCGAAACUUACCAAACAGGUUCUUAUUACUCAAGUAUUAGAUGUAAUGAACAAUGUGAAACUGUCUACAAAAUGUCGCGAACGCGCUGUUAGAGCACUGGGUUUACUCUGUGUUGGCGAAGCAAACUUUCCGUUCACCCGGCAAGUAAUCGAGGGUUUUAUCAACACCGUCAAAGAUACCAAGGACGUUGAAGUACACUUCACCAUUGGCGAAUCUUUAGUAAUGUGCAUUCAGGGUACAACGUCCUCUGAAGCGCGGAAUGCUUGGGUAAUCAGCAGCGAUGAUUAUUCAAAGUCCGUUCAAGCAGUUGGAAACAACGAUGAAGAUUUAUCGUGGCUGUUGGAUGAACUUUUAAAAUACUCUUUAUCAACGCAUCCUAAUUCAAAACAGGCUGCAAGUAUCUGGUUAUUGGCAUUAUUAAAAUCAUGCAUGGAGCGUAAGGUUAUUCAGGAUAAACUCAGGACGAUUCAAGCUGCGUUCAUGGAUCUCCUUGCGGUGAAUAGCGAUAUUGUUCAGGAUGUUGCGUCGAAAGGUCUUUGUUUGAUUUAUGAUUAUACUAAAUCAGAAGAAUUGUUAACUGCGCUUGUGGAUCAACUUACUAGUGGCAGACGGCAAGCAGUUCAAGUAUCAAAUGAUACUAAACUGUUUGAUGAAGGACAAUUGGGCAAAAGUCCUACUGGAGGAAAUUUAUCAACUUAUAAAGAGUUGUGUAGUUUAGCUUCUGAGUUAAACAAACCCGAUUUGAUUUAUCAGUUUAUGCAUUUGGCGAAUCACAAUUCCAUGUGGAAUUCGAAGAAGGGAGCUGCUUUUGGGUUCGGGUCCAUUGCUAAAAAAUGCGGGGAACAUCUAACACAACAUUUACCCAACAUUAUUCCUAAGUUAUACAGGUAUCAAUAUGAUCCAUCGCCGAAUCUACAAGCAUCUAUGCAGAAUAUUUGGCAUGUAUUAGUGCAAGAACCAACAAAAAUGUUAGAUUUAUAUCAUCAUGAGAUACUUAAAGAACUGCUCGCCAAUAUAAACUCAAAUCAAUAUAGAGUUAGGCAGAGUUGCUGUGCUGCGUUACAAGAUUUCCUCAAGGGAGCUGGUAAUCGUUCUAUUCAUGAUUCUGUGGAUUACAUGGAAGAACUCUGGAGUAAAUUGUUUAGAGUUAUGGAUGAUCAUCAUGAACAAACACGGAUUGUUGCUGGGAAAACUACGAGGACAUUAAGCAAAUUGUGCAUUCGUGGUUGUGAUCUAUCUCAAGGUAAAUCCGCCACGAAGAUGAUGGAUUCUAUUCUACCAGUUCUCCUAAACAACGGCAUCAUCAACGCUGUACAAGAAGUGCGUCUAAUAUCACUUCAAACUAUCUCUGAAUUAGUAGGCGCGGCUGGUAAGCAACUUAAACCUUUUCUCCCCAAACUCAUUCCGGCUUUACUACAAGCCACCGGUGAAUUGGAAUCUGCGAAAUUGUCAUAUUUGAGUACAAUGUACGGUGCGCAAAGUCAAGUUCAAGACGUAGUAGAUUCUGCGCGUGCAUCAAUGGCAAAAAGUCACUUUACAACCGAGACAGUAUCAAAAUGCAUACAAUACGCGGAUGCGUCCAUUAUGGAAGAACUAACACCGAGAGUAGUAGAGUUAAUGAAGGGGAAUAUUGGUCUGGGGACACGUGUUGCAUGCGCGCAUUUUGUCACACUAUUAACACUCCAGCUCGGUCAGGAUUUACAACCAUACACUGGUAAAUUCCUAGCUGCUUUGGUAAAUGGUUUGACUGAUAGAAAUUCAUCGAUUCGCAAACAUUACGCACUGGCAAUCGGGCAUAUUGUAAAAACCGCCAAAGAAUCAAGUUUGGUAAAACUUUUCGAUAAAAUUCAACAUUGGUAUUUUGAAAGGGAGGAUGACACGAUUCGGUCAGCAUGCGCAUUGACAAUACAAUCUAUUGGAAAUCAGAAUCAGGAGGUUUUAAAGAACUUUUCGGAUGUGGUACUUCCGUUGGUUUUCUUCGCAAUGCACGCUGAUAAAACAUCUGAGACACAAAAUACGCUUGAGAUUUGGAAUGAAAUUUGGGCUGAACAAAGCCCGGGUAGCGAAACUGGCAUCAGGCAGAAUUUAGAGAAUAUCUGUAAAAUUCUACAGACUGCUUUGGAGAGUCCUUCAUGGAAUAUGAAGGCGCAAGCGGCGAAUUCUGUCAGUACUAUUGCUAAUAAACUAGGAACAACGAUGGAUGCUAAGCAUAGGAAUAACUUGGUAUCAAUAUUGGUUAAUGGUUUAAGUGGACGCACAUGGAGUGGAAAAGAUAAGCUAUUGAAUGCUUUGGCGAGUAUCUGCAGUAAUUGCAAAGAAUCGAUUAAAACCGAUCCGGAUCUUGAUAUAAACAUAAUAAUUGACGCGAUAAUCAGAGAAAGCAAAAAAGAAGAGAUUGUGUACAAAACUAAAGCACUGGAGGCUUUGGGAAAUGUUUUAUUAGCAAUGGAGAUUGACAAAUUUGAAGAAGUUCACUCUAUUGUUGAAGCCACGUUAACAGGCAGUCCCGGGUCGGUGGAGGACGAAGAUGAUGUUAGCAAAGAAGAGAUAAACUCAAAUCGCGAAAAUCAAUUGAAACUAAAAGAAACGGUUUAUGAUUUGUUGGGUAAAUCAUGGCCCAAAGAUGCGAAGGUGACACAGGAGAAGUUUAAUGAUAUGUUUGUUGAGCAUUGUGUUACGACUCUACCGCUCACGACAAGAACUAUUCAAGUUGCUAUUGUUGGGGCAUUGUGUAACUAUGUGGAUAAGUUGGUGUUGUUGGAGCAGGAAGUUUUGACUUCAGAAGAGGAUUCUAACUUACAGAAGAUUAUUGAUAAUCUGCUCAUUGCAUUGACUUAUAGUUUAGGCAUUGCAAAACAUACAAGAUUGCGAAAAGAGGCACUGAAUGUCUUCAAUUCUCUGGGAAAAAAGACAAAAGAUCAACAAGAUAAAAAGCAUUUCACCAAAGUGUCGGCUUCAUUCAACUCCCUCCUGGAGGAAAUUUCAAAAGACCAUCAACCCGAGAUCAAGUCCCGAGUAGUCGACUUGAAAACCCUAUUUGCUGAUUAGUUAUUUAAUAAAUUCUUUAAUGUGUGCGGGCCAAACGCAGAAGCCGACGAAACAAGUAAGUGGUAAUCAUUUUUUAUGGUAUUUAAUAAUUUAUGAAAGUGAUUGCAUAAAAUAAAAAUUCGUAAAUCUCG